AUGUCGACCGCACAAUCCAUCCUUGCUGGCUCUUCUACCCAUAAUCAGAUCGAAGCAUGGGCGUCCCACCUUGGAGCGGACCAAUCCGUUCCCGGUACCCCCGGCGUCGGUGCCGUGCCCAACUCUAUCAUCUCAAUGCGAAAGAAGCAGGCCGGUCACUCUGGACCGCUCAAAAAGGUCCUCGUCGCCAACCGCGGUGAGAUCGCCAUUCGCGUCUUCCGUACCGCCCACGAGCUGGCCAUGUCCACCGUCGCCAUCUACUCGCACGAGGACCGACUUGGCGCGCACCGAUACAAGUCGGAUGAGAGUUAUUUGGUCGGAAAGGGCAUGACGCCCGUUGCGGCUUACUUGGCCCAGGACGAUAUCAUCCGGGUUGCGCUGGAGCACGGUGUUGACAUGAUCCACCCCGGAUACGGUUUCCUCUCUGAGAACGCCAGCUUCGCCAAGAAGGUCGAAGACGCAGGAAUUGCCUUCAUCGGCCCCAGGCCCGAGACCAUCGACUCGCUCGGUGACAAGACAAAGGCCCGUACGCUUGCGAUGAAGACCCAAGUCCCGGUCGUUCCCGGUACACCUGGCCCCGUCGACACGUACCAGGACGGAGCUGCCUUUAUCGAGGAGUACGGUUUCCCGGUCAUCAUCAAGGCGGCUAUGGGCGGUGGUGGACGAGGUAUGCGAGUUGUUAGGGACAAGGAGAGCUUCAAGGAGAACUUUGAGCGAGCCGUUUCCGAGGCAAAGAGCGCGUUCGGCGACGGGACCGUCUUCAUCGAGCGUUUCCUUGACCACCCGAGGCACAUCGAGGUCCAGCUGCUUGCCGAUGGCGAGGGUAACUGUGUCCACCUCUUCGAGCGAGACUGCUCCGUGCAGAGGAGGCACCAGAAGGUUGUCGAAGUCGCCCCCGCUCCUCACCUCGACGAGCCUGUCCGCCAGGCCAUCCUCAACGAUGCGCUCAAGCUCGCACGCGCCGUCGGAUACCGAAACGCCGGUACCGCCGAGUUCCUGGUCGACCAGCAGGGCAGGCACUACUUUAUCGAGAUCAACCCUCGUAUUCAGGUCGAGCACACUAUUACCGAGGAGAUCACCGGUAUCGACAUCGUCGCUGCGCAAAUCCAGAUCGCCGCUGGCGUGACCCUCGAGCAGCUGGGCCUUACCCAGGAGAACAUCCACCGAAGGGGCUUUGCAAUCCAGUGCCGUAUCACCACUGAAGAUGCUGCUGCUGGAUUCCAGCCGGAUACCGGCAAGAUCGAGGUGUACCGAUCUGCUGGUGGAAACGGUGUGCGACUGGACGCUAGCUCCGGUUACGCCGGCGCGCAGAUCACCCCCCACUACGACUCCCUGCUCGUCAAGUGCUCCGUCAGCGGUGCCACCUACGAGGUCGCCAGGCGGAAGAUGCUCCGAGCUUUGGUCGAGUUCCGUAUUCGCGGUGUCAAGACCAACAUCCCGUUCUUGAUCCGUCUCCUUACCCACCCGGUCUUCGAGUCCGGCAAAACCUGGACCACGUUCAUCGACGACACACCCGAGCUCUUCAAGCUCGUCCAGUCGCAGAACCGAGCGCAAAAGCUGCUCGCUUACCUCGGAGACGUCGCCGUCAAUGGCUCGUCGAUCAUGGGCCAGAUGGGCGAGCCGGGUCUCAAAACCGAGGCUAUGAUACCGGUCAUUGUUGACAACAACGACUCGAGCAAGGUCGUCGACACGAGCGUGCCGUGCGAGAAUGGCUGGAGGAACAUCAUCGUCAAUGAAGGGCCCGAGGCGUUCGCCAAGGCCAUCAGGGGCUAUAAGGGUUGUCUCAUCAUGGACACAACCUGGCGAGACGCCCACCAGUCUCUCCUCGCCACCCGGAUGCGUACGGUCGACAUGGCCAACAUUGCCCGCGAGACCUCGCACGCCCUCCAGAACGCCUACUCGCUCGAAUGCUGGGGCGGCGCCACCUUUGACGUGGCCAUGCGCUUCCUGUACGAAGACCCCUGGGACCGUCUCAGGACCCUCAGGAAGCUCGUCCCCAACAUUCCCCUCCAGGCUCUCGUCCGAGGCGCGAACGCUGUCGGGUACACCUCGUACCCCGACAAUGCCAUCUACGAGUUCUCCAAGAAGGCCGUCGAGGCUGGUCUCGACAUUUUCCGUGUCUUUGACUCGCUCAACUACUUUGAGAACAUGAAGCUCGGUAUCGACGCUGCCAAGAAGGCUGGGGGUGUCGUCGAGGGUACCAUCUGUUACUCUGGUGAUGUCGCGAACCCCAAGAAGACCAAGUACACCCUGCAGUACUACCUCGACUUGACAAAGCAGCUCGUCGAUGAGGGCAUCCACGUCCUGGGUAUCAAGGACAUGGCAGGUCUGCUUAAGCCUCAAGCUGCCACCAUGUUGAUUGGCGCGAUCAGGAAGGAGUACCCCGACCUCCCAAUCCACGUGCACUCGCACGACACCGCCGGUAUCGCCGCCGCCAGCAUGAUCGCCUGUGCUAUCGCCGGAGCCGAUGUCGUCGAUGUCGCCAUCGAUGACCUCUCCGGUCUCACCUCGCAGCCCGCCAUGGGUGCCGUCUGCAUUGCGCUCGAGCAGUCCGGUCUCGGCACGGGUAUCUCGCACGAGAACAUCCAGGCCCUCAACUCGUACUGGUCCCAGAUCCGAGUGCUUUACAAGUGCUUCGAGGCCAAUGUCCGCGCGUCAGACUCUGGUGUCUUCGACCACGAGAUGCCGGGUGGACAGUACACCAACUUGCAAUUCCAGGCUUCUCAGCUGGGUCUGGGUACGCAGUGGAUCGAGAUCAAGAAGAAGUACAUUGAGGCCAACCAGCUCUGUGGCGACAUCAUCAAGGUCACCCCGUCUUCCAAGACCGUCGGCGACUUUGCCCAGUUCAUGGUCUCCAACAACCUCUCCAAGCAGGACGUCAUUGACCGCGCCUCGUCCCUCGACUUCCCCCAGUCCGUCGUCGAAUUCUUCCAGGGCUACCUCGGCCAGCCGUACGGCGGCUUCCCGGAGCCCCUGCGGUCCAACAUCAUUCGCGACAAGGCGAGAAUCGACAAGCGACCUGGACUCGAGAUGAAGCCUCUGGACUUUAAGAAGAUCAAGGAGGAGCUAAGGGAGCGAUUCGGCUCGCACAUCUCAGACUACGAUGUUUCGAGUUACUGCAUGUACCCCAAGGUGUUCGAGGAGUACCAGGGCUUCGUGGAGAAGUAUGGUGAUCUGAGCGUGGUCCCGACCCGAUUCUUCCUCGGCAAGCCUGAGAUCGGAGAGGAGUUGACCAUCUCGAUCGAGCAGGGAAAGACCCUCACCAUCAAGCUCCUCGCGGUCGGUACGCUCAACACCGACAAGGGUACCCGAGAGGUCUUCUUCGAGCUCAACGGAGAGACCCGAGCCGUUGUCAUCCAGGACACCAACGCUGCUAUCGAGCACGUCAGCAGGGAGAAGGCGUCUAGCGACCCCGGAUCAGUCGGAUCGCCCAUGUCCGGUGUCGUCAUCGACGUCCGUGUCAAGGAGGGCCAGGAAGUCAAGGCUGGUGACCCGCUCUGCGUCCUGUCCGCCAUGAAGAUGGAGUCUGUCGUCUCCUCGCCCGUAUCCGGCAAGGUCAAGCGCGUCCUUGUCAAGGAAAGCGACUCGAUCGCGCAGGGCGACUUGACUGUUGAGAUCACCCACUAG